AUGAAGCAGGCAGUUCUAUUUGCAGUGCUUGCGCCUCUGGCAUCGCUGCCGGGGGUUCAGGCUGGGGCUACAGAAAGUUGGAUUAGCACUAUCUGGAACGACUUUAAAGAAGCGGUGGACUGUGGAAGUUGCCAGGUUCUCUUGGGUGGUCUCAAGCUCGUGGCCGACUUUGGUGAAGGCUUCCUGGGGGAUGUAUUGACCGGCGUCUGUGAUAUUAGCCGCGCAGAGGAUCGCGAUGUCUGCGCCGGUGUCGUCGCCAGCGAGGUUCCAGCGUUGCACUACGCCCUCAAGAACAUGCACGUCGGUUCCCACACAGCCAAAACCCUCUGCUCGGCUCUGGUCGGUCUCUGCGAUUUCCCAGACGUCCGUCCAUUCGACUUGACAUUCCCUUCGCCCAAGCCAGCGAAAAGCCGGCCGCCGCCUAGCGGCAAAUCUCCCAUCAAGGUGGUUCACUUUACCGAUACCCACGUUGAUCUAUCCUACGAAACCGGCUCCAACUAUGACUGCUCCAAGCCCAUCUGCUGCCGCGUAUACAGCGACAAAGAUGCCCCAGGAACCACAGACAAGCCAUGCGGCCCAUUCGGCAAUACCAAAUGUGAUCCUCCCCAUCAAUUGCAAGAAAGCAUGAUGACCGCCAUCGCAGCGCUCAGCCCAGCAUUUUCGAUCUACACUGGCGACGUCGCCGCCCACGACGUCUGGCUCGUGACCAAAGACGAAGUCCUCCAAGAUUUCAAUGCCACCUAUAGCGCGAUAGAGAACCAUCUUGGCCUCGUAUACGCCGCACUGGGCAACCACGACGCCGCCCCACUAAACCUCUUCCCAUCCAACAACGUCCCAAGCGAAUACAACCCUCAAUGGGCCUACGAAGCUCUCACAGCAGACUGGAUGGCCCUCACUGGAAUUGAUAGCGUCCAAAACGCAAACGAAUACGGCUCCUACUCAGCCAUCCACCCAAACAGCAAACUCCGCAUAAUCUCCUACAACAGCAUCUUCUACUACAAAUACAACUUCUUCUCCUACACCGAACCAAUGGAAUACGAUCCCAACGGCCAACUCACCUGGCUAAUCGAAGAACUCCAAGCCGCCGAAACCGCCGGCCAACGCGUCUGGCUAAUCUCACACAUCCCAUCCGGAGACGGAGACCAUUUCCGCGACCACUCGCACUACUUCGACCAAAUCAUCCAGCGAUACGAAGCCACAAUCGCAGGUCUCUUCUUCGGACACACGCACACAGAUCAGUUCCAAAUCUCAUACUCAGACUAUAACAAUCGAUCCUGGGAUACGGCCACGGCAAUGGGCUACGUCGCACCAUCAAUGACACCAACAUCCGGCCCGCCCUCCUUCCGCGUCUACGACAUCGAUCCCGAGACAUUCGGCGUGAUAGAUUUCACCCAAUACAUCGCCAACAUCAGCGAUCCAACCUUCCAACAAAAACCAAACUGGACCCCGUACUACACCGCAAAGAAAGACUACGGUGCAAAACUCUCUUCUGUCCCCGCUGACACCGCCGAACUCACCCCGGCCUUCUGGCACAACGUCACCGUCGCCAUGGAAAACGACACCUCAGUAUUCAACGAAUUUUGGGCUCGACGCACGCGCGGAUUCAAUGUGCCCGCUUGCACGGGUGACUGUGUCAAGAAUGAGAUUUGCGCGCUGCGCGGUGCGGACGCACAGUAUAGCUGUGUGCAGCCGACGCCGGGAAUUAGUUUCUCUAAGAGAGACGAAGAGAAUAUGGUGGAAGAAGUGGGUCCGUUGUUGAGUAAGAGGUUCCAGCCGGAGUGUAAUCAUGCUGGGAUGGCGCCGUUGUUGGCGAAGAUUGCGCAUGAGGCUAGGCUGGCGAAGCAGCGUGGAGAGUGA